AUGAUCAAAAUGCGAUUUAUUUUGUUAUCACACCUCCUUCUGGGAGUUGCUUCGGCGGCUUCGUUCAGCAAUCACGCCAACCUGAUCAAGCGAGACAACUCGCAAGUCUGCUCAGACUUAACCGUGUCAUCCAACAACGGCGAUCGCAAGGUCGCAAUUGUCAUCGACAGCUCCGGUUCUAUGGUUUCCAAUGACUAUACCGACUUGCGCAUCGCAGCCGGUCGAGCUUUGAACGAGUUCCUAAUCUCUGAUUCCGAGGCAAAAGACGGCAAGAAAGCCGACGAGGUUACUGUCAUUGACUUUGACGAUGAAGCGUAUUUGGACUACCCGCUUGGCGACCCCGGUAACGCGAAUAGCUCGUUCAGCAAGAUUGACUCAAUAGGCGGUACCUACAUUACAAGUGGUGUCCUGAUGGCAAUCGACCAACUCACCUCCAGCAACUCUGGCACAACCGACAAGAGGAGCGCGAUUGUUGUAUUUACUGAUGGCGAGGAUUACAGCACCGACGAGCUAGUCUCGGCGAUCGGGAAUGCAACAGCAUUAGGAAUCCGUGUGUCCUUUGGCUUCCUUGAUCCGUAUGCCUCAUCACAACCGGAAGAGGUUCUCAAAGCUGUGCGUGACUCUCGCGGAGUUUAUGCCACAAUCACAUUCGCCGCCGGGUCGCAGAACUUCAUCAACUACGUACUCCUUAAUGGUCUCACUUACAACGAUAACCCGCAAGGAUACGGCUCGCAACUCUUGGCUGGGUUGGCAGAGACUCAGUUCAUUUCCGGAUCAGAUACAGUGACGCUUAAGUAUUCUGCUGAGAAGAACGAGCGGGUCAAUUUCACAAUUACCACCAUUACCGCGGGGAGCCUGAAGGCGGAAGUCAAGAUGGACGGGAAGUCUCUCGGCAGCGACACAAUUUCAUACUAUGAUGCCUUCAUUGAUGUCCAGGCCCCUAGCAGCGGCGAAAUGCAGCUGCUAGUCACGGCUGAUGGUGCACCCAAAGACUCUAUGUUCUCUGUCACCACGAAUUCGAAUGUCCCCAUCAAAAACUGCACAGUCGGUGUCAGCGGAAGCAACCACUCUGGUUUAAGUAAAGGAGCCAAGGCUGGUAUCGGCAUCGGCGUCACCAUCGGUAUCCUGGGUCUGCUUGGUGGUGCUGGAUACUUUGGAUACAAGCACUUCUUUGGUCCUGGCAGCGGCAACACAACUGCUCCGCCGGCCCAUGGCAACACCACAUCCGGACCUACUCCAGGCAAUCACUCGCAGCCUCCAACUUACGUGGACAGCAUCCCAUGGGCCAACACCCGAUGUAUCCAGGAGCCCAGCAACCAAUGA